GACGAGGGCAGGUCGGGCGCCCGAGCCGGCGGCGUCUUGGAAGAGCCGGGCGGGGGGGCGGCGCUGCUCUCUCUCCUCCGCAAGUGCUGCUUCCCGGGCAGAGAGGCCAGACUUCGGGCGGCGGGAGGCUCCACCGGGGAGCAGCAGAAGCGGGUGAGGAGGCGGCCUGUGGGGGAGGGCAGAGGGAGCCGGAGCUGCUGGGGAUCCCCUCUUGCGUAUCCAACAUAGCGGUCCGUUUGGAGGUUGGGCAAUUUCCUAUCAGCACUCGGAUAUGGAUAUUGAAGAUCCAUUAUUGGCUAAAGCUUAUUUUCUUCCCGGUUGGGCUGGCACCUUUGACCUUAUUGGAUACCUACCAAUCCAGAUGGAAGGCCACACUGCUGGAAAAGCUUAAAGGCUUGGGGAUCCCACAGCAGACCCUGACAGCCACAGGCUUCGAGAAAGCUAGGACUACAAUUCGCCAGCGUAUCUGGGACGUAGAAUUACAAUGCCACAUGAGCAAAAUGAUCAAACAUCCAGCGAUAAGGGACCAUGGGAGAGGUUUCUCUCCAGCUAACUAUCUGUCAGGUCUUCAGGUACCCAAAUACAGACGGUCUUUUACCCUCGCCAGAUUCAACGUUCUCCCUUCUGCCUUACUUCAGGGCAGAUUUGAGGGUAAACCAUACACAGCACGGGUUUGCCCCUGUGGCUCGUUGGAAGUUGAAACUGCUUCACAUGUACUAUUACGUUGUCGUCUUUAUGAGGAUAUACGUUUGACUUUUAUUACACCUGUUUUGCAAAAGUCCAGGAAAGAAUCGGAACACCAUAGUUUAAAACUACUGCUAGAGGACAAGAAUCCCAAGACUACAUUAAAUGUAGCCAAAUUCUGUGCGUCUGCAGUUAAUCGCAGGAAGCAAGUGGUACCCCAUAAUGACCAAACCCCCAAAUGUUAAUUACAGGGGGCACGCUAAUAAUUAAUUUUAAUUUUUUUAUAUUUAAAUCCUUGUUAUACUCAUAUUGUCCUCUGUAUUUCUGAUAUUUUUUUUUAUGAUCUGUGAAUUGUGUGUGUUGACGCUGGUCUGUGACCGUAUUAAUAAAUUCAUUCAUUCAGGAGCGCCCGGCUUUGUUGUUGUUGUUUAGUGGUGUCCGCCUCUUCGUGACCCCCCUGGACCAGAGCAUGCCAGGCCCUCCUGUCUUCCACUGCCUCCCACAGUUUGGUCAAACUCAUGCUGGUCGCUUCGAGAACACUGUCCCACCAUCUCGCCCUCUGUCGUCCCCUUCUCCUUGCGCCCUCCAUCUUUCCCAACAUCAGGGUCUUUUCCAGGGAGUCUUCUCUUCUCAUGAGAUGGCCAAAGUCUUGGAGCCUCAGCUUCAGGAUCUGGCCUUCCAGCAAGCACUCAGGGAUGAUUUCCUUCAGAAUGGAGAGGUUGGAUCUUCUUGCAGUCCAUGGGACUCUCCAGAGUCUCCUCCAGCACCAGAAUUCAAAAGCAUCCAUUCUUCAGCGAUCAGCCUUCUUGAUGGUCCAGCUCUCACUUCCAUACAUCACUACUGGGAAAACCAGAGGUUUAACUAUACGAAUCUUUGUCGGCAAGGUGAUGUCUCUGCUUUUUAAGAUGCUGUCUAGGUUUGUCAUUGCUUUUCUCCCAAGAAGCAGGCGUCUUUUAAUUUCGUGACUGCUGUCACCAUCUGCAGUGAUCAUGGAGCCCAAGAAAGUAAAAUCUCUCACUGCCUCCAUUUCUUCCCCUUCUAUUUGCCAGGAGGUGAUGGGCCCAGUGGCCAUGAUCUUCGUUUUUUUGAUGUUGAGCUUCAGACCAUAUUUUGCGCUCUCCUCUUUCACCCCCAUUAAAAGGUUUUUUAAUUCCUCCUCAGGUUAAAAUGAACUGAGCAGGAUUCCUAGAAAGGGUGGGGGGGGCGCAAAGAGGGGGGAAGUCCUCCAGGGCAGAAACCCCGCCCUCCUCUGCCUCCUGGACUCCGCUGAGUCUCCUCUCUCUCUGGGGAGAAGGGGGGUCGGGAAGGAAGCCCUUAAGGCGCCCACACAUUUUGCAGGGGAACUUUCCUUGCUUCUUGUUUUUCCUUUCUUUCAAGAAAGCUCAGAAUCCGGGCUGUGGGGCAGCCCAGGCCAGGUUCCUAGCAAGCCUCAUCCAUGCUUGAUCAGGGAACAUCUUUCUUUUCUCCAGAGUGUUAAUUUUAUAACUGAACAAUGCAUUUGCUUUGCAGGAUUUUCUAGCUGCUCUAAUUUGGACAGACUGAACACGGCAGGGGGAAAAAGGGAUUUCUUCUGAUCUCUUGGAGGUUUCCUGAGAGCACAGAUGGAUGAGCAAGACUCAGCUGGCCCUGAAGCAGGAAGAGGCCAUGGGAGCAGUGGGGGAUUCUGGGGAAACUCUGUGCAGAAGAUCCUGGGUGAGGAGGACACCCCUUGCUCAGAGGCGCAGAGCCAGCAGUUCAGGCAGUUCUGCCCCCAGGAGGCCAAAGGACACCGAGAGGUUUGCAGAAGACUCUACCAUUUCGACCAUCAAUGGCUAAAGCCAGAAAGGCACACGAAAGCUGAGAUGCUGGACCUGGUGAUCUUGGAGCAGUUCCUGGCUGUCCUUCCUCCAGAGGUGGAGAGCUGGGUGAGGGACUGUGGAGCAGAGACCAGUUCCCAGGCGGUGGCCCUGGCCGAAGGAUUCCUCCUGAGUCAGGCAGAGGACAGAAAGCAGGAAGAACAGCAGGUGAGAGAGACUUUCCUCUGGAUACUCCCAAGGGGCUCCCAACGUGAGGGAGAAAUCCCCAAAUUCUCUACUCAUGGCCCAUCUUUACAGGAAGGAACCGAAGGAGUGUUACUUUUUCUUUUUCUUUUGCUGUUCCUUUUCUAAUCCUUCUCCCCGUUUUCUGUUUGGACUUUCUGUUGAGAUUCCUGCAUUGCAGGAGGGUGGACUAGCUGACUCCAUUCUAUGAUUCUGUGAUUUCAGGGAAUGGAUCUGUUUGCAGGAAUGGGUUCAGGUUCCUCUGAGGCAGAGAGGACUCGGUUGGACGCCAGAGAGAGGCCACUGGGUAAGGAGGAAGGAUGAGGUUUGUCUCUGUUUGGUCACAUUCUGUGGGUUCUGAAACUCACCUGUGAGUUCUUUGAAUCGUUUGGGGGGAAACAAUUGAAGACGUGAGCCCCAAGGAGGAGAGACGUAUAUUUCAUUUACUGAAUUUAUAUACCACCCUAUACCCAGAGGUCUCAGGGUGAUUUACAAUAUGUACGCAACUGAGCUACCAAAUGGGUACAAAUGUCCAAAUGCACUCAGCGAGGUUUUUCUAAAGCCCAUCUGUAGUAAGAGAUGCUCUGCUAGACCUUACCUUUGUCUCCCGCAGGUGACAGAAAGACUUCGGCAAAACCUCCUCCAUCUGUUCAUGGUGUCAGAGGGGAAGCGGUGGCUGCGGAAGUGGAUCAGGUAGGGGGAAGGAGCCGUGUGGGUCACGAGGCUGAGGAGUGGGGCAGCCAGGAGGCCUCUGGGCCCCAGUGAUGAGUCUCACUCCUGCUCCACUUGGCUUCUGUCACAGUUGCCCUUCACAAAAGCUGGAAAGGCCAUUCAGGAAGGUUUCUGUGCUGAGAAUAAGGAGCAGCUGCCUCAGCUCAGCUAACUUUUUGAAUGUUGCUCCGUUGUUGCUGCUUUCUUUAUAAAGUUGUCACUGAAUGCUGAAAUAGGCUUCUAAGCAGUUGACAAACCAUGAAUAGCAGUGGCCAGGAUUCACCUAAGCUGCCCCAUCCGUUUCACAGCAGGGCUUUGCCCCACUCUCUUCUCUCUUCCAAUGUCCCCAUUUACCCCUUGAAGUUUGCUUUAGGGCGUCGGGAGGUUCCCCCCAAGAACAGCGUCCAGGGAGAGGACAGAGGGGAUCCUUCUCUCCGGUAGACUGGAAUGCUUUGCGCAGGCAGAAUGACACGAGGACCACAAUGUUGACCUCUUGCCCUUUGAACCAUGAGUGAUACCCAUCAUUAAAAGCCGCAAGAGAAGAAUUCAUUUGAUACGUUAAAAUAAGCAUCCAUAAUAAAAAUGUGCAGGAAAACAAUCCCUGAAAAGUAACCAACAGGCAGAAAACCCUGGAGCAAAGUGCAGUAGAUCAUCUUCCUGCUGUCUGAGUGGAGGACAUCUCCUUUUCUCUUUCAGGGUUCAGUGUGCUUUGAAGACGUUGCCGUUUCUUUCACGGACGAGGAGUGGGCAUUGCUGGAUCCUGACCAGAGAGCUCUGCAUAAGGAAGUCAUGGCGGAGAACCGUGGGAUCGUGGACUUUCUCAGUAAGGCUCCCUGUUGGAUCAGGGUCUCUGUUUUGAAAUUCAGCGCAUUUCUAUCUGUGACCUCCCCUGCGUAUUUGGAUGGAGCUCAGCAGCAGCAGCCUCUGGGAUUCUAGCACUCCCCAAACUAUCUCCUGUUUGGGCUUUGAAUAUUCUUUCUCCAGUUGUUGUUAUUACUAUCCUGCACUUCAUUUCUAUACCACUCUAUAUUUUUAAGAAAAGACUCUCAAAGCAGUUUGCAACCUACAUUAAAAGUCAACUAAAACAAUCCAGAAUAAAACUUUACAGAAGGUAGCCUGGCUAGUCUGAACUGAUAAGGGCUUCUUACUGUAGGUUUCAAAGUUCUUAAGAAAGUGGAAGUGGCUUCUCCCGGGUAUUUUUGUUUUUGCUUCUUCCUUUUUUUUUUUUAAAUAAUUUUUAUUAAAGUUUUGAACAACAAAGAAAGAAAAGAAAAACAUACACAAUACAUAUAACAAAAACACAAAAAAAGAACAAGAUGCAACAAUAAAAAAACAGAAAACAUAACAAUUAAACACAAUAUCUCUUUUCCAUUUCCAUUUUUUAGUUACUUAUUUUCUGGACUUCCUCAUACCUCCCUCUUUUGUAUUCCAAUCCAAAUUGUUUGUCCAGCAGUUUCUUUUCCACUUUUUUUAAUCCCAAUCUUUAGCUUUAAUAAGAUAUUGAAAUAUAUAACUUCAACUUCUUUAAACCUGAUCUUUGGUCUUAAUAUCAUAUAACGUUAAAAUUUUCCCUCUUAGUAUCAAAUUUCCAUUUCUUUAAACAUUUUUAAUCCUAAUCUUUAAUCUUAGUCUAUCAUUAACUUUAACCUGUACAGCUGGAAACCGCUUAUUUUCAGUCCAACAUCACUCUAACAUUCUUUAAUUUUGCAAUGUUUCUGAAGAUAGUCUUUGAAUUUCUUCCAAUCUUCCUCCAUCGACUCUUCUCCCUGGUCACGGAUUCUACCAGUCAUUUCCGCCAAUUCCAUAUAGUCCAUAAGUUUCAUCUGCCAUUCCUCCAGCGUGGGAAGUUCUUGUGUCUUCCAAUACUUUGCGAUGAGUAUUCUUGCUGCUGUUGUUGCAUACAUAAAGAAAGUUCUAUCCUUUUUAACACCAUUUGGCCGACUAUGCCCAGGAGAAAGGCCUCUGGUUUCUUAGGGAAGGUAUACUUAAAUACCUUUUUAAUUCAUUAUAUAUCAUUUCCCAGAAAGCCUUAAUCUUUGGGCACGUCCACCAAAGGUGAAAAAAUGUACUUUCAGUUUCUUUACAUUUCCAACAUUUGUUAUCGGGCAAGUGAUAGAUUUUUGCAAGCUUGACUGGGGUUAUGUACCAUCUAUAUAUCAUUUUCAUAAUAUUCUCUCUUAAGGCAUUACAUGCCGUAAAUUUCAUACCUGUGGUCCAUAACUUUUCCCAGUCAGCAAACAUAAUAUUAUGUCCAACGUCCUGUGCCCAUUUAAUCAUAGCCGAUUUUACCGUUUCAUCCUGAGUAUUCCAUUUCAGCAGCAAGUUGUACAAUCUUGACAAAUUCUUAGUUUUGGGUUCUAACAAUUCUGUUUCUAAUUUGGAUCUUUCCACCUGGAAGCCAAUUUUCCUGUCCAAUUUAAAUGCCUCUUUUUGUUUUUGCUUCUACCCAUUUUCAGUUGACCAAAGAGAUUACUGACCUUGGAGAUGAAGUGGAUCCCAUGAUUGAGCCAAAAAUAUCUCUCCCAGAAAAGAGUCAGGCUUUUUGAAUCUCAGGUUCCCAUAAAUAGGCCAGUGAUUAUUAGUCAAUGAAACCGUGAACUAUAUAUAUAUAUCUAUAUAUAUAUAUAUAUAUAUCUAUAUAUCUGUAUGUACUCCCAGACCAGUAUGAGGAGCCUUGACUUGGGUUCCUUCCUCCAGCGGGCGCUGCUCGCAGAGGGACUCAGGAGCAGCGGUGGUUUCACCCGCAAUAUACCACUGAGUGAAACCACCAUCCCACUCUGCCUUCAUACAACUCAGAGGGAGAAACGGCUUGUUCUUCCCUCGGCAUCUUUGAUCUGCUCGACUGAGGAGUGUGCAGCAGCCCUUGCCUCAGUGGAGCAGUUAAAGGAAGCCCCAGCUGGCAAGCUGCCUCUGCUCCCAGGGUGAGAGCUGGGGCAGUUUCACCAUGUGUCUCGUGGGCAGAGGCCAGCGCAUCUUGUUUUUUCAACAUUGCAGUAUAUUGCCAAAUAUUUGGCUAGUCUGUUUAGCUGGUGGUACACCACGAUGUUGAAAAGCUGAUAUUUCUCAGCCCUCUGAAUCUCUUCAGUUCUUUGACUAAAACAACCUUUCACUCUCGUUGCUCAAUAAUUGGGGGUUUCCUGAGAAUCUGUUUUUCUCUUCCUUACAGGUGGCAAAAUGUUAGAAGUGAAGAACAAGGGGGACCACAGCAAAAUCCAUAUAGUGGAGAUGCUACAUAAAUAUUUGGGGUGCGGAGAGAGCUGCUGUCAGAAGGUCCAUCUCACUUCCCAGGAAAGAACUCGUAAAGGAGAGAAACAAUAUCCGUGCUCGGCAUGUGGAAAGAGCUUCAGUCGCAGAACCAACCUCGCAGCCCAUCGGAGAAUUCAUAACGGGGAGAAACCAUUUCAGUGCCAGGAGUGUGGAAAGAACUUCCGUCGGAAGGACCAUCUCAUGUCCCAUCAAAGAAUUCAUGCAGGGGAGAAACCAUAUCAGUGCUUGAAAUGUGGGGAAUGCUCUGAGAAUAGCACAAGCUUAUGUCUCCAUCAGAGUAGUCACAGUGGGGAGAAACCAUUUCAAUGCCAAGAGUGUGAAAAGAGCUUCCGUCGGAAGGACCAUCUCACUUCCCAUCAAAGAAUUCAUACAGCGGAGACGCCCUUUCGGUGCCUGGAGUGUGGAAAGAACUUCCGUUGGAAGGCGAGUCUCAUUUACCAUAAAAAAAAUCAUACAGGAGAGAAACCGUGUCAGUGCUUGGAAUGUGGAAAGAGGUUUACUGUAAACUCAAGCGUCCGUCGGCAUCAGCGUAUUCACCAUGGGCAGAUACCAUGUCAGUGCCAAGAGACUGCAAAGAGCUUCGGUCAGAGCACCCAUCUCAUGCACCAUCAGAGAAUUCAUACACGCGAGAAACCCUGUUGAUGCCUGGAAUGUGGGAAGGGCUUCAGCUGCAAGGACCGUCUCACUUCCCAUCAAAGAAUUCACAGCAGGGAGAAACCAUAUCAGUGCUUGGAAUGUGGGAAGAGUUUCACCUUUAAGGAAAGUCUCACUUCCCGUCAAAGAACCCAUAGUGGCAAGAAACCAUAUCAUGCCUUUGUACAAAUUUAAAUUUUGGAUACUUGGUACAUGAGGAUUUCAACGGUGUUUUUUGCUUUCAGCAACUCAGCAAAGAAAUUGACCUUGUCUCUCAAGGCCAUGGAGUUCACACCCAAUAUAGGCAGCAGUUCUUUAUACUUCUUAUCCAGAUUUGCAAGGGGCUGGGAUACCUCCUUAUUGUCACAUCUGGGGAGGGGGACAAAAGCAGUUUGGCAGCACUGAGGAAGUUGCCGUCAACGCUGAGCAAUUUAGACACAGCCACUUCAAGAGCCUCUAAGUUGCAAAAUGGUGGUGCGCCUUGUUUACUCUUGCUGCAGGACCGGAACCGCUGGCUUCAAGAUACAAGAAGGGAGUCUCAAUAUGUUCACUGGCCUGGGCAAAAAUGAGGGUGCCCUAAAGGAUGCUGGGCCCAAAAUAGCAAGUCCUCACAGCUCCCCACCCCCUGCUUAAGGGCUAACUCCAUUUUUCAAUUUCUCUCUCCCACCCCACUCCCCAGCAAAGCCUUUUCCUCAAUGCCGCUGGAGAAGAGGUGAGCAAUCAUUGGAUGGUAGCGUUUAAGGGUUGACUCCCCCCACAAUACUAAGGAAGAACUUAGAGCAGCCGCCUCAUCUGGGAGCCACAAACCUGCCUGGAUCGAGAUCAGAAGGAUCCUUGUUUGUGGCCUCUUUCCUGUCAGCAUCCGUCUAGCGCAGCUUAUUCAGAAGGCUGGUGGCUCCAACAUGCUAGAAAAGUCACUCCCAAGAGGAGGACAAGAAAGCCCAUCUCCUCCUUACAAAAAGUCCAAAGGUGUGAAUCAUAGAAUAAUUAUAGAUUUGGAAGGGAUCCCAAAGCUCAUCUUGUCCAACCUACUGCAAGGCAGGAAACAAGGAGAAAAGAAGUUUAUUGCCAGCCCAUUGACCAGCAACACAACCUGCAGUGCGGACGGCUCCUCUUCCGGGUUCCUGCUGGCCAGACUGGUUUUCCAUAAUGCUCCAUCCCACUCCCCAGGCUUCACGUGUUCUCUCUCUUUCCCCCACCCCCAGGAAGUCAAUACAGGUUCUGUGUCCACUGAGUAUUCUCCAUUCUCAUUGAGCUAUUUUGAGGUUCUCCCUCAAUAUCCCCCCUGAGAUAUUUGUGUUAUUUCUGCUUGACAGCCCCUUGUUGGGUGCCAAUCGUGCAGUUUUGGCACCAGAAGGGAUUCCUCGGGGUCCUUUCCCGCUCUAAAGUUCCAUGAUGCUACGCAAUAACAAGUUUGCUAUAGGUGUUUUGCAGGGAGGAUGAGAGGCAUGGAGGAACGGAGGCCCCGUAAUGUCGUCGUCCCCACUCUCUCUUGGUGCAUCAGAAGUCAAAGAAGCAUGUUGCUCGGUUGGCAAAGCAGCCCCUCAAAAGCAGCAGGAUGUCACAAAAGAGUGAGAAACUUUCUGUGGGAAAUUGCAGUCAAACAUAACCAUGCAUGAGAGCUAGUUAGUGCAUGAAGGGGUUAAGACCAGAGAGUUCUGCUCCAAGACCCAGCUAGGUCAUGCCCCCCUUUACCUCUCUUCCUCCCUCCUCCCACUCUCUCUGACCAAGGAGGACAUGUCUAAGCUUUGCUCCCAAGUUUAGAGCACAUGUUUAGAACUAUAUUCUGUAUUUCCUACCCAAGAGGAUUCUGCCAGCGUUCUCCUUGCAGCUGCAUGGAACAACACAUGUCUCAGACCUUUGAAUCUGUUAAUAAAGCGUUUUAAACUUA